CACGGGCCUCAGUCGUCGUCGUCGUCGUCGUCGUCGACUCAAUGUCAAGGCCACGCGUGCAGACCGGCUCCGCUCCACGAGUCGAGAUGGACGGCGGCUUGUCCGUGAGAUCGUCGCGGCGGCGAUGCAGUGCGAUUUCAACCACUAACCAACCAAUCUUCGAAGCUACCUCGCCAAGAUGAAGGAGGCAACAAGGAAGAUGGUCACAGAUGUGGCCGUCUUUGCCUGCUCGCAGAUUGCAUUCUAUUACGCUUUUAAGUACAUCAUGGCUUCUGUCGAUCCCAAUCGCCAGAAGCGUCUGGACGCAAAGAAGCAGAGCGAGGAAAAGCUGGGCAAACUAGGAAAGGAGAGCGUAAAACUCAACCUCAACGAGUACGAGGAACAAAUUGCUACCGAGCUAAUCCUUCCCUCACAAAUAGAAGUCGACUUUGCCUCCAUCGGCGGACUCGAAAGCAUCAUCUCCUCCCUCCAAGAAUCUGUAAUCGCCCCCCUUUGCUUCCCAGACCUCUUCCAAUCCUCGGGCUCCCUUCUCGGCGCCCCUAAGGGAGUUCUCCUUUACGGCCCUCCCGGCACGGGCAAAACAAUGCUUGCAAAAGCCCUUGCGAAGGAGAGUGGGGCGACGUUCAUUAACAUGCACGUGUCAACUUUGACGAACAAGUGGUUUGGAGAGAGCAAUAAGCUUGUGGCGGCAUUGUUCAGCUUGGCGAGGAAGCUGCAGCCCAGUAUUGUGUUCAUUGAUGAGAUCGAUAGCUUCAUGAGGGAAAGGCAAGGAGGCGAUCACGAGGUGACCGGCAUGAUGAAGGCAGAGUUCAUGACACUGUGGGAUGGUCUCACCUCCUCCUCAGACCGCAUUAUGAUUCUUGGUGCCACAAAUCGACCAAACGACAUCGAUGCGGCCAUCCUACGCCGAAUGCCCAAGCGCUACGCCGUCUCGCUGCCCAACGUCGAGCAAAGAGAAAAGAUCCUCCGCAUCAUGCUCCGCGACGCUCGUCUAGACAAGAACUUCCGACUGGGGGAGAUUGUCAGGAAAAGUCAGGGCAUGAGCGGCUCGGAUCUGAAGGAGGCAUGCAGGAAUGCGGCCAUGGUCCCUGUGAGGGAGUUCUUGAGGAGCAGGGAGGGGAGGGAGAGUAUGAGUCGGGCGAGGAGCGGGGCUGCUGCUGCUGCUGCUGUGAAUGGUUCUGCAUCAUCAGACGUAGUGGGAGCAAAGGCAAACGGAGCAGCGAAUGGCUCGACCUCACCAGCAUCAACGCAGUCAAUCGGAGGAGCGGCCAAGCUCAACACACGGCCGCUCAGGACCGACGACUUCUUCCGCAGCGAUACGGCGGAGACGGCCAUUCCUUCGGGUCAGGCGUAUAAUGCUCAGGCCCACUACGCACGCAUUGAGGCGGAUCCUGUGGACUAGACGUGCGCGCGAGAGACGUCGUCAACCUCACUGCUGCGACUGGUGACCGCGGCUACUUUACACUUCCCUCGCCAAAGCCUCUUGCUGGAGGACGGCGAGGCUGGCUUUUCUUCACUACUACUACUAUUUUGCGAGCGUGCUUCGUCGCUGUAAUAUACACACACGCCUUCCUAGACAGCCAAGGGCAUCGAGAGAUUCAAGUUUCAUCUUCACAGGCAGGCGAAGUAGGAUGUUGUCGAGUCGUAAUCGGAGGCUAGAUUCGGAUUCUGAGAUCGGCAGAGAGGAUAGGAAUACAAGGAGAAGCGAGGCACAAAAGGUU